CUCCAAAUCGAAAGCGCACCGUCAGUGUGAAGCGGUCUACUACCUAGUGAUAGGUAGCAGCUCUACCAGAUACACAACGUCCUUCAUCCCCCGCCCUCUUUCUUUCUCUCUCUUCUCUUUUCCCUCUCCCAUUGAGAGUGGCAUAUAGAAGUCGUGAUUCUGGACCACCGAGAUUUGGCCUCACCACGUCGUCACCAUGUCGAAACCUCAGAGUGUCAACGGUAGCGAGUCCGAGUUCGAGUUCAUCGAGACUCCCAAGGCCCCGACGCCCACAUUUGAGAAAGUUGAAGAGUGUGGUGUGAAGACUACGUCGUACCCAGCAAUCAAAAAUGCCCCCCUUCCAGCCGAUUCCGCCGGCUCAGACACUUUUUCGAAUACGCUGCUAUUUUCCUUGCUAAUUGGAGUUCCGGUAUGGUUCUCCUGGAAGGUCGGAGGCGGGCUGAAGACGUCGAUUUUCUUUGGCGUCCUUCUCUUCAUUCCCAUUCUAGGCUCGUUCUGGUUGACCGUCUCAGCCAUCAGUCCCAGAAAGAACGAGAAAGCCAAGUACCCUGGCAGAUCUGUGGAGCACUACCUCACCUUCAAAAAGCCCUCUGAUCAGGCCAAAUACCAUGGGAAAAACAAAAUUCCCAUUGAAACUUUCUAUGAAAUGUACUUCGAUGGAGAUGUUGAGUUCAAUGGCGAUGUUCUUGAAGUCUUAGAGUAUCGACACGACUGGGCAAGCUUCCGUUUUACCAUUAGUCUUUGCAAAUAUUUUGUCUUUGGCAUGAUUCCCGAGGUUAUCAUGCACUCUCGAGGCCAAGAUGAGGAGCAAGUCCGUGGUCACUAUGAUCGUGGCGACGACUUCUACGGUUGGUUCCUGGGACCUCGGAUGAUCUACACUUCUGGGGUUAUUGGCGACAUCAAUACCGAGGAGUCCCUUGAGCAGCUCCAGGAUAACAAAUUGGCCAUCGUCUGCGAAAAGAUCGAACUAAAGAAAGGUGACACGCUUCUCGAUCUUGGCUGUGGUUGGGGCACUCUUGCUCGAUUCGCCAGCGUCAAUUACGGUGCGCACGCCACCGGCAUUACGCUCGGUCGAAACCAGACGGCUUGGGGCAACAAGGCUCUCCGUGACGUUGGUGUCCGUGAAGAACAAAGCAAGGUCCUCUGUAUGGACUACCGAGAUACUCCCGUCCCCGAGGGUGGAUAUAAAAAGAUAACUUGUCUAGAGAUGGCUGAGCAUGUAGGUGUUCGCAAGCUUGGUGCCUUUUUCAAACAAGUUCACGACAUGCUCGAUGACGACGGUAUCUUCUUCCUUCAAAUUGCUGGUCUGCGCAAAUCUUGGCAAUACGAAGAUCUGAUCUGGGGCUUGUUUAUGAAUAAAUAUGUCUUCCCUGGCGCCGAUGCAUCUACUCCCGUUGGUUUCGUUAUUGAUAAGCUCGAAGGCGCUGGAUUUGAGGUUAAGAGUCUCGACACGAUUGGUGUACACUACUCGGCAACCCUGUGGCGCUGGUAUCGCAACUGGAUGGGCAACCGCGACAAAGUUGAGGCGAAGUACGGAAAGCGCUGGUUCCGCAUUUGGGAAUAUUUCCUGGCCUCUGCCACCAUUGCAUCCCGUCAAGGCAGUGCCACCUGUUGGCAAAUCGUGCUAGUUAAGAACAUCAACUCAACUCACCGUAUUGAGGGAGUUCCGACGCAAUACGGCCUCAAAGGAGCCUUCGAUGCCGCUGCAAAAAAGGUUGACUUUAAGGCGUGGGCUGCCAAAAACGCAGACCUGUUCCCAACCUCUGCUGCUCAGUAAGCCAGUUACUCGAGUUGGGAAUCAGGUUAGUGGAUAUUCUAUACGAACCUGUUUGACCUAAAUCCUUGAUCUCUAUUUAUACCACUUAUCAACUCUUGAACGAGUUUCUCGUGGUAAAAUUGAGCCUCGUC